AUGUUCUACUCGCAGUACAUCCUCGCCAAGCGCGGCCCGCUCGGGACGAUCUGGAUCGCCGCGCAUCUCGAUCGGAAACUGCGGAAGAAUCAGAUCGCUGAGACAGACAUCGUGUCUUCAGUUCGAUCGAUCAUCAAUCCCGAGGCUCCGCUCGCGCUGAGGUUGUCCGGGCAAUUGAUGCUAGGGGUGGUUCGCAUUUACGGGCGCAAGGUGAACUAUCUCUUCCAGGAUUGCUCCGAGGCUUUGGUGAAGAUCAAGCAAGUGUUCCGUCCGGGGACGGUGGAUUUACCAGCGGAUGCGGCGAAGGCACCGGACGCGACGAUCACACUGCCGGAUAACUACGAUGACUUGGAAUUCUUUUUCAACCCGGCGUCCGUGGGGGCAACGCAGGGUCGAGCGAGUGUGAGCAGAGAGCACAUCACACUCGCGGACGAUGACGAUGGGUUCGAGGGGCAGUUUGAGUACAAUGAGCAUUUACCAGAGGAGGACGAACGUCUCGAGGACGACGUGGAGGUUGAAGUUUUCCGUUCGCAAGUCAUGGAGGCUGGCGUCCAGCUGGAGGACUACGACUACGUGCACGACGAGUACGCUGCGCCGCCGGAGGAGGACGAAGAUAACGCUGCGGUUGACGACGAUGGCUUCGGUGACGAUGAUCAGGAGGUGAUGCCGCUGGCGCUCGAUCCUGAUCUCAUGCAGGAGGACGACGUUUUUGGCCCCAGACAAAGCAUCGACGGCGAUAGCAUUUUCGGCGGCGCGCUACCUCUGCCAUCCAUUCCGGGUUCGAGCAUCGCCGGCGAUCGUCCGGAUGAUCGUGUUCCGGGACCGGCCAGCAAGCGUAGAAAGGUCGAACGCGUGGUCGUGUUCGAUCGCGCUACCGCGCUCUCAAACGACCAGAUUCGCGCGCAACUGAGGGAUACGCGCGAUAUCGUCAAGGACUCAAUGCAACUGGACGUAGACGACAUCUUGUCCGAUCCAGAAACGUUAGAGGCAAGCUUACGUUCGCGAUUGAUGGCGUGCGAUGUCGGUAGCAAGCUCAAUGAUGCGUAUAGAAAGGCUAGUACCAUAUGCUGGGGGCGUCCUGAGGGUGAGGCUCGUCCGGCACGGGAGGGUGACGAUGCCGAAACUGCAACUCCGUUCGCCAUGAAGUUCAACUACGCCGACGAUGAUGAUGGAUUCAGUCCCGACGGCGGCGGGUUCGUCGGUGCAGAUGACCUGAAUCACGAAAUGCCCGUGGAUGACGACACAGAGGAACAGGAUGGUGAGGUUGACUGGAACGUCAACUCGAAGCUCAUGCUGGAGCACCUGACGAGCGCCUUUGCCUCGUCGGGCGAUCUCCCGCUGUCUCUCCACGACUUGACCGCUGGCAAGAAGAAGCGUGAAGCGGCUAGAAUGUUCUACCAAGUGUUAGUCUUGAACGCGCACGAGUACCUGUCCGUUGGACAGGAAACCGCGUAUGGCGACGUUGCGCUUUCAAAGGGGAAAGCCUUCUCAACUGCUGCGUGA